AACCAAUUGGAGCUUCGCCGUCAGUCAAAAACAUUUCAUUCCUCGAAUACUGAAAACGUUGUGCGCAUCGGUUUCGUUGACGCCCAGCUCCGCAGCGUCCGACUCCCUUCAAACUCGUCAUGAAAAUAUCAACCCUCAUAGUCUGCCUCGCUGCGACAGCUUGUGUCUCGCAAGCAUUCCUCAUGAAGAAGCUCAAGGAGAAGAAAGAGGAGAAGAAGGCGAAGAAGCUCAGUAUCCAGCCAGUGAUCAUGCCGUUGAUCCUUGACCAUCACGCGCCGAUAUACGCCCCACCGCCUCCGCCUCGACCCAUCGUUGUCCAAGCACCCCCUGUCUAUGUGGCCCCUCCACCGGCACCUGCUCAGCCAAUCUACGUGAGCCGCCCUGUCGUGCAUCCGCCAAUCGUAUCCGCACCGAUCAUCGCUCCUCCGGUGCCAGCUUUCGGUCCUCAUCUCCCUCCCGUCCCUUUUCCAAGACCGGCACCGGUAUUCUAUCCUCAUGUCCAUACCGUCGGGAGACGUUAG